AUGGUCAAGUAUUGCACUAAGCCAGAAAACGUCGCAAAAGCUGCUCAAGCCCGUGGUGAUAAUCUUAAAGUUCACUUCAAAAAUACUUACGAAACUGCUGAUGCGAUUAGAGGAAUGAAAGUUGCUCGUGCUCAAGAAUUCCUUAAAAACGUUAUCAUUAAGAAAGAAAUUGUUCCAUUCAGAAAACACAAUGGAGGAGUUGGACGUAAAGCUCAAUGCAAAGGAUUAAAUUGUGCAUUUGGAAGAUGGCCAGUCAAAUCAGCACAAUUCAUUCUUAAACUUCUUAAGAAUGCUGUUGAUAAUGCUAAGGCUAAAGGACUUAAUACUGCACUCUUGACUGUUAGUCAUAUUGCUGUUCAAGAAGCUCGUUCAUCAAGAAGAAGACUUUACAGAGCACAUGGAAGCAUUAACUCCUUCUCAAGCAGCCCAUGCCAUAUUGAACUUAUUUUAACUGAAAAAGAAAAGAAAGUUGCUAAACCAACUGAAGCCCUUAGACAUAAGAAAACCACUAAGGUUUCUCAAAUGCUCCUUUAA